CACGAUACCGGGAGAGAAACACUGCUUGAGAGGUCAAGCCGACCGGACAGGCGAUGUCUGGCAACGGCGGGCGUUUUAGCCCCUACAAACAGGCCCUAGCCGCCCUGGCGGCACGCACUGGGACCCCCGUGUCGUCGUUGAUCGUCUCCUUUGGCAUACUUCAUGAGCUCACUGCCAUCCUACCCAUUGCUGGUUUCUUCUACGGCGCCCGGGCCUUUGGCGUUGGCGACCGCCUUGCCGAUCCUCUUCGCCGCCUUGAAUCCGAGGCUGGACAUGCUCGUGAUGCUCAGAUUUCUGGCGGAACGGAGGUGAAAGGCGCCGAGGUCGCCGUCGGAGAUUGGGCCACGGAAAAGACACGAGAAUGGGUGCAUGACGGUGGAAUGUGGGCAGAACGCGUCGGAAGGCGAUAUGGACUCUUUGGCUUCGAGAAGGGGAGCAAGCCGGGGGAAGGGCCGAGCUUAGCUCAGGUUGGCCCGAAGAUCGCUGGGGAUGUCGCGAACGUCGUCAUUGCAUAUGCUGCAACCAAGGCACUUCUUCCUGUCCGAAUUGGACUAUCCUUGUACCUCACCCCUGCCUUCGCCCGAAGGAUCGUGGACCCUAUCCGUAGUCAGCUUAUGUCCCCAUUCCGACGCAAACAAUGACAUGCUCUUCGGAUCCUCCAAGUGAUUCUAAC